GACACCAAUGACCAACAUCGCUUCAGUCUUUUUAUAAGUAAUGUUAUCACAACACUUUGUAAGAUCAUUUGAUUUCAGUAACUCUGAAAUCUAAAAUCAGUCCACAAAAGAAAAUCACCUAAAAUGGAGUUACUCAGCUCAAUCAGUCUACCAGCUGUUUCGAUAGGCACGAGCAUGCUUGCGUUCAUACUAUUUAUUUGUAGCCUGAAAAGGAAGACUGAUAAUGCCAAGCGAAAACCACCACAACCAUCAGGUUCAUGGCCUAUUAUCGGCCAUCUACCUCUUCUAAGAAGAGGGCUUCCUCACAUAAUAAUGGGGAAUUUAGCUGAUAAGUAUGGUCCGAUUUUCAUGAUGAAGCUUGGUGUCCACCAAGCCUUAGUUGUAAACUCAUCAGAGACGGCUAAAGAGUGCCUACACACCAAUGACAGAGUUUUUGCUAGUCGGCCCUGCUCGAUGGCUGCAGAGCAUUUGGGUUACAAUUCUCUCCUGCUGGGAUAUAGCCCUUAUGGCCUGUACUGGCGUGAGAUGCGUAAGAUAGUCAUGUCUGAGCUCCUGUCCAAUAACCGGCUAGAGAUGUUAGAACGCCAAAGAACAUCAGAGGUAAGAUCGGUCAUAAAAGCCAUAUAUGAAAGUUAUUUAAUUAAGCGAAAAUUAAGUCCAGGUAAUGAUAGUAGUUUCAUAGUGGAUAUGAAGCAAUGUUUUAAUGAAAUAAGCAGUAAUACUUCAGUAAAAUUAAUUGCUGGAAAGUCACUGAAGGAGUUUUAUCCUGGUGAGGAAGAAUAUAAGAAGUGUACAAAGGCGUUGAGAGAUUUUUUCGACUUGGGAGGCGUCUUUGUUCCCUCUGAUGCUCUUCCAUUUUUGGGGUGGUUGGAUAUUGGAGGGUAUCAAAAGGCUAUGAAGAAAGUUGCAAAGGAACUCAAUCAUGUAGCUCAAGGUUGGUUGGAUGAGCAUAAAGCAAGGCGGCUCUCUGAAGAUCAGGGGAAAGAAAAACAGCACUUCAUCGAUGUAAUGCUUAGUAUCAUCGAAACAAGGAAGAAUGAUCCGGUAUUACACGAAGCAGACAAAAUCAUCAAGGCCAUUAGCAUGGCAAUGAUAUUAGGAGCAACAGACACAACAUCUGCAACAUUAACAUGGGCAUUGUCAUUACUAUUGAAUAACAGAGAAUCACUGAAAAAGGCGCAAACUGAGAUAGACAAUCAAGUAGGAAAAGGCAGGCUAGUCGAAGAAUCAGACCUCAGGAAACUAAUCUACUUGCAAGCUGUCCUAAAAGAGACUAUGAGGCUAUAUCCAGCCGUGCCACUAACACAACGCGAAGCCCUUACAGACUGUACUGUGAGUGGUUACCAGAUCCUUCCAGGGACUCAACUCUUUAUCAAUAUUUCGAAGAUUCAAAGAGACCCGAAACUGUGGACUGAUCCAUUGGAGUUUCGGCCUGAAAGGUUCCUUACUACUCACACAGAAUAUGAUGUCAGAGGUCAAAACUUUGAACUAAUUCCUUUUGGAAGUGGCAGAAGAAGCUGUCCUGGAAUAACUUAUGCUCUUCUGUCAAUGCAAUUUGCAUUGGCCAAUUUACUCCAUGCUUUCGAUGUAUCGACUCUAUCUGAUGAAGCUGUUGACAUGACUGAAGGUUUUGGGAUUACCAACUUGAAAGUCACACCACUUAAAGUCCUCCUCAAUCCGCGUCUCCAGGACCACGUUUACACACUUUAUUAGUCCAAGAAUGGUUGUUGAUUCAUCGCCACCAAUAGAAUUUAUAUGUACUUGUCAAACUAAUAAUAAUAAGAUUCUUUCCUCAUUGUUGCACGGGUUCAAAAAUUGAAAUUAUGAUUAGUGGGAUGAAUUUGUAGUACUAUAUAUUUUAUCUGUACACCAAUUGUCAAAAAUUUACAAAAUUUCAAAUGAAUCAUUUCCUAUUCGCAACCCCUUGGCAAAUCAAUCAUGUCAUGUUCCCUACUAAAACUAAUGAACAUAACAACACUAAGGCCAGAAAAAUGCCACCCGAACCAUCUAGUUCUUGGCCUUUUAUUGGCCAUCUACAUCUUCUAGGAAGGCUUCCUCACAUAAGCUUAGGUGAAUUAGCAGAUAAAUAUGGUCCAAUUUUCAUGAUCAAUCUUGGUGUAAAACGCACCUUGGUUGUUAGCUCAGGAGAGAUGGCGAAAGAGUGCUUAGGCGGUACCAAUGGCAACAUAUUUGCCAACCGGCCUAUAAAAUCCAUUGUCAAACUUGUGACUUACAAUGCAGCGAUGUUUGUAUUCAGUCAAUAUGGCCAAUACUGGGGUGAGCAGCGUAAAAUUGCAAUCGUUGAGAUCUUGUCCAAUCAUCGUAUUGAGAUGUUCAAAGAUGUAAGGAUCUCAGAGGUACGAUCAGCCAUAAAAGUGCUCUAUGAUAACUGUCAGAUUACAGAACUAUCACCUUCUGGUUCUGCAU